CUGCUGCACCCGACAAGCAAAUCGAUGCAAGCAACAACACGCCCUGCAAUCUGGUGACACUUCGAAUGGAGCAAACCGCAAUAGAUGCUUGCAAGCGCGAAUCUCAACCGGCACCUUUGCCUACAACGGUGGAAAAGCUACGGGCUUUGAGGCAGUGUUGUCGAUGCUAUGGUCGUCUAUGCUACGUGCACAGGGAGUUCCGCAUUACCUUGACACGUCUCUCUCGUUCCCUGUCAACUUGCGCGGCCCGAAACUAGCACUCGUCCCCCAAAACUAUUUCGGCAAUGCCAUUGCCAUUUGCCAGGUUCAUGCGCCUCGAGCUGGUGACAUAGUUGCUUCGGACUUAUCGUAUGCUGCGAAUCUCAUACACAAAGCCAAGACCUCCUGCAAUGGAGCAUCCGUUCAGAGCAUGCUGGACUGGCUGGAGCUCAAUCCUGCUCAUCAUCACAACCAGGAGCUUCACUGGAGGCGGGGAAUUACAUCCACGACCAUCACCAAUUUCCCCAUGUAUGGUAUCGACUUUGGGUGGCGAGGAGGAACACUCUCCCAGCUUUCCUUUCUGCCGAGCAAAGUUCCACCCUACAUGCCAUCUGUAUGUGGAAUGCUGCCCUCGCCAAGACCCAAGUCAAUAGAGAUUGUCAUUGGGCUGCAUCACCAGGGCCGAGAAGUGCUGUUACAGGACCAUCUCUUCACACGUUAUUUCUCAGCGUCCGAGAUUAAACUCUGGACUGGAGAAAGCAUAUGUAGAGCUUUGAGGAGAGUCCCAAAAUAGUUUUCACUCCCAUAAAAAAUGCCCCAUUCUUAAAUCCUUUGUAGCCUCCUCCUUCUGCUGGAACACGGGCUCAUUGAGAGGCUGCCCGGCGAAGAUCGCGCCAACGUACAAGAUUUGUACAAAUCGUUUCACACCAUGACACUGUCUCCGUGGCUCAGCUCCACCGUCGUGUGAGCCUAGAUCGGGGAUGUGCCUUUGCUUUCAAAGUUAGCCUGCCUUCUCCAGAGUAUAAGUGAAGAAGUUGAAGGAAACUGG